AUGACUGAUCAAUCUUCAUUAUCGACUAAUUUAAAACAAUUUUUAACUGAAGAACAAAUUGAAAUUGAACGACAACGACGACAAGCUGAUUGGGAACGUGUACGAUCAGCAACUGAUCCGAUUGAAGCACCAGCUGAAGUAUUUGACACAAGAUCUCUCUAUGAAAAGCUAAAAGCACAACAUGAUGCUAAAAAACAGGAAUUUGAGGAUACGUGGGCAGCAAAAAAUUCAAUUCGUGGUCUCGAUGAAGAUGAAACAGAGUUUUUAACUCGUUUAGAUCGAGCUAAAAUUGAAAAACAACGUGAAUUAAAACGAAUGGAACAAGAAGAAAUUGAAGAAUUAAAAAUAUCCUUUUUUUUCAUUUCAUUUAUAGCUCAAAAAGAAUUAGAAACUGCUUCAGCAAAUACUCGUCCAACAUCAAUUAAACAACAUAUUAUACCACCCGUAGUUAAUAAACAAAAACAAUUACUUAGUGGCAUUGUUAAACGAAAAAGUUCAACAAAUGAAUCAUUAAAACGUCCAUUAGAAGAUGAUAAUGAAGAAAAUGAUCAACAACAAACAAAAUUAGAACCACCAGCACGUUUACCACGUUUACUUGUACCUGGUGGUCGUUUACCUGGAAUAGGUCCAGCUGAAGGCUUUACAGAUUCAUCUGAUUCAAGUGAAAGUAGUGAUGAAGAUGGUCUUUCUCGAUAUUCAAAUAAUGCUGGUAUUCAAUCAUCAUUAGCACAACGAAAAAGAUUAGCUAAACAAUUACAAGAUAUUGCUGCUGCCUCAACUGGGGGUGGUGAAUGA